CACCACCAGCAAGGGAGCAUCAGUGGUAGCAGCAGCGGCACCAGCAGCAACACACCAGCACCUCCUCCUGGCUCUCCCGCUGGUGUGUACCGAUGCCGCAGUAGCGGCUGCCUCUCUGCCCCGUAUAGAUUUUCAAUUAGUCCGCGCGGAACGUGGAAAAUAAUGUGCCGCUCCGACACCUGCUGACCAUCCCCGAAGGUCGCUCGCCCGGGGUCCCCGUCGACGUGUCUGUCGUCCCCCAUCGUCGUCGUCGCCGCCGCGUUACCAUCGUCGUGACCUGGUGGACGGACAAUUGGAGAGGGUGAGGGUGAUCGAUUUCCGUCUCGUGUGCGUGUGCAGUGUUGAAAAAAGACAGAGAAUGGGCGAACAGUGACAAGAUCUUCGGGUACGAUCCAUCGGGUACAUGGGAUGGUCAGAGAGGAUGCCGUUCCCGGUGAACCGCAGGACACCGUUGUCCACCAGUAUCAUCGCGAUCUCUGCGUUCAUGCUGCAUUCAGGUAUUGUGGCCCUUCGAAUGACAGCCCUGCAAAUACCUCAACACGUCGUUCUGAACGAGACAGUCCGUAUGCAGUGCAACUUCAAUCUGGAUAAAGAACUAUUGUACUCGGUGAAAUGGUAUAAAGAUGGCCACGAAUUUUAUCGUUACGUGCCGAGGGAUGUGCCAAUGGUCCAAACCUUUCGUGUCCCUGGUGUGGAUGUGAACACGAAUAAUUCCACGGAAAGAUUGGUGGUUCUGAACAAUGUGAAUCUUACUAGCUCAGGGAGGUAUCGAUGCGAGGUGUCUGCCGAGGCUCCAGCCUUUCAGACCGUGUCUGACCAUGCAGACAUGACGGUAGUAGUUCUUCCUGACGAAGGGCCACGAAUAACCGGUGGCCGUUCGCGCUAUCAAGUCGGCGAAGUUGUUCGAAUGAACUGUACGUCCGCGCCUUCAAAACCGGCCGCUUUAUUAACUUGGUUCAUCAAUGGUGAUCAGGCCGAUAAUCAGUACCUGAAGGGACCACACAUUACCGCUGUGGACGAGAAGGGGUUAGAAACCGCGGUAUUGGGCUUGGAGUUUCGCGUCGCCAACAAACACUUCAAGCGUGGCGAUAUGAAGCUGAAGUGCUUGGCGACAAUAGCGACCGUAUAUCUGCAGAGCAACGAGGAGAGCGUGGAAGGAGACGAGAGGAUCCUGAAAGCACCCGUGAUGGAAAGCCGCGAGACCAGGGCACAGAGCCACACUCGGAACGAUUUAAUCAAUGGUAAAAUCCCUGAAAAAUUAUUUCUCAUUUCAGGAAGUCAAACAACCACAAUAAUAUUAAUAUUUAUGAUUAAUAUAUAAUUAAUUAUCCAUAUCAAGAAAAACAAAGUUUUAAAAGAGUACUAUUUUUUUAUUCAGAUGGAGCCUAUGACAUUAGGAUCACCUGCUGGAAGUCCUAUGCAAAGUCCUGGAAGUCCAGGAACUUCUGCGUAUCUUCCAAGUUUUCUUUUAGGUGAUACUACUACACCUGCUAAAAUUAAUUUGACAAGUCCUCAAGAUACUCCAAAACAAUUACAUAUUGGACAUAGUGGACUUACGUCUCCAUUAUCUAAUUAUGGUACUCCAGAUUAUCGUACUAAUCGCCAAAAAGCAGUAUUCAGAGGUGCUAAUACUCCUAAUACAUCACAAAUAGUCACAGAAAGUCAUUCUGGUGGACCUCCAACAGUAGAAUUAUUUGACACUGUAGAAAGUUUAAAAACUACAUCUAAUCAAUGUAGUUUAUCAACACCAAAUCAAAGUAUAUCAUAUAAUCAACCAAGACUUUUGCAUAGUUCUAUGUUCAAUGAUAGUGGAUUAAAUCCUAAUACAUCUGAAUCUCAAGGUCUUUUACAAUGGGUGACUGUUUUUGGUUUUCCUCCUAGUGAUAUGAAUAAUGUUUUAGCUCAUAUUUCGAGCAGAGUUCGCAUAGUAGACAAACAUCCUCCGCCACACUCACAAAGCAAUUGGAUACAUUUAAAAUGUGCUUCAGAAUUAGAAGCACAAAGGGCACUUGCAUGUAAUGGAAAUAUAGUAUCUGGAUCUAUAAUGAUUGGUGUAAUUCCUUGUACAGAUGAGGGUGUUAUAUUGCGAUGCGAUAAAGAAAGAAGCUGUUCAAAAAUGAAUGGAAGUAUUAAAUCUUUUUGUAAUAUAGGACGAAUUAGUAAAUCACCAGAAUAUAGUACACCACGCACACCAAUUAGAAUACAAAGUGCAAGACCACUGGCAGUUGGUUAUAAUCAAAAUCUUAGCUCUCAAUCAGUAAGAUCACCAGAAAAUGUUCCACAAAAAUCUACAGGUUUAGUCUCAAAAGCAAUGGAAUAUAUGUUUGGUUGGUAAAUUUCAAAUGAAAAAAAUUGUACAUGACAAAUAUUAUUUAAUAUUCCUUACGUUUUUAUAAAAAUCGAAUGCGAUAUAAACACGACCCGAGAGAGGAAUAUAUAUUCAAAAAUCCCUAAAAUGCUUGUUCACGUUUUUUUUUUUUCUUUUUUUUUACUACAUCGAUAGUACCAAAUAUAAAUUUUUAUACACAUUGAAUAAUUAUUACAUAUAUUAUUCCUAAACUAUUAGUAAUGUAUUACUAUAUCUCUCUAUUUUUUAUAAUAAACACUAUCGAUACUUAAUUGAUUCUACUGUAAUAUAACAUAGUAUAAUAUAUUUAUAAUCAAGUAAUGUUAAAAUUACUUUCGCGACGAUAACUCAUCUAUUAUAUAUUGCACAGAUAUUAAUUAAAAUGGUCCGUUUCUUGACAUAUUCGUAUUAUUUAAAAAAUAUCGAUGAACUUCUUUGCAAGCUGGUAACUUGUACUUUUUUUAUCGUGUCGAUGGUGUAUUACACAUGAAGAGAAUUAUAACGAUAACCUCAGUUUGCAAUGUUAAAAACUUGCGUAAUUGUUGUAAUCAGUGCAUUCCUCUCUCUUAAUUUGCAUCUAUUAUAAUAUAUAUAUCAUCAAAAUUUAUAAAUAUAUGAUUCUUAUAGAAAA